CAUCUUGAAAUGCAGUGUCAUCGUCGGCGCGCCUCGUGUGCCCGUAGGAGUGUGAACAGAGCAGUUGCGAGUGAGACGGAAGUUUUCUUGUUCGGUGCAACGAUAUUUUUCUACAUUAACAAUCAUGUCAAGCGGAGCGCUUUUCGGCAAUGCCUCGCGCGGCGCCUCGAAAAAUCUAGUAGAGUUCAAGGCCGGCAAAAUGACCGUGAAAGGGAAAAUGGUCUAUCCGGACACGCGAAAGGGCCAGCUGUACGUCUACCAGUCCGACGACUCCUUAAUGCACUUUUGUUGGAAGGACCGCACGACCGGGGUGGUUGAAGAUGACCUGAUCAUCUUCCCUGAUGACUGUGAAUUUAAACACGUUCCUCAGUGCAAAACAGGCAGAGUGUAUUUGUUACGGUUUAAAUCUUCCAGCAAGAAGUUCUUUUUCUGGCUACAGGAUCUGAAAACAGACAAGGAUGAAGAACAUUGUAGAAAGAUUAACGAUGUACUUAACAAUCCGCCAACUCCGGGAUCUCAGAGAAGCGGUGGUGCUAAUGCGGAGGGUGAUCUUCAAAAUUUGCUGAAUAACAUGUCGCAGCAACAGCUGAUACAGUUGUUUGGCGGUGUCGGUCAAAUCGGAGGUUUGGGCAAUUUGUUGGGCACUAUGAGUAGACCGCAAGGUAUUCAAAGUACCAGAACGUCCACUACGACUUCAUCCACACCUUCAGCCACUACAAAUGUAACUAGAUCACCCCAUUCUCUAACUCCUGGAUCUAACACGGAUUCAAAGUCUUCACCAAGAACAGCAACUCCGUCCACGCCGACCACAACAGCGACAACAACAAGCUCAAACAACAGAAUACAGCUUAGUGAUUUGCAGAAUUUUCUGUCAGAAAUUCCAACAUCUAAUCGAGCAGAACCAGCUGUGCAGAGGGGAGUAGCGACAGAACUGACCAACGCCAUCCCGAGCGCGGUUACCGCAACGGAGAGUUUGGAGAGUGCCAUGAACAUGCACUUGCCGCCAGGGGACAACCUGUCUACAACGCUCUCGUCUCCCCAGUUCUCCCAGGCGCUAUCAAUGUUCUGGUCUGCUUUGCAGUCGGGCCAGGCGGGCCCAGUCAUCCGUCAAUUCGGCUUGGGAUCGGACGCCGUCAAUGCCGCGGCCACUGGUAACAUCGAAGAAUUUGUCAGCGCGCUGGAAUCCGAAGCGAAGAGCGGUCAGGGACAGCAAGCGCAACAGGGACAGGAAGACAAAAAGCAAUCCUCAUCGACCACCGGUCCUGAUAAGAAAGACGAUGACGACGAGGGCAUGGCGUUAGAUUAAGGAAAAUUGUAUUGUUCGUACACAUCUGUGUAAAGAUGUGUGUGUGUUCUCCCGGUAAAUCUGUACAUUAGGGGGCGACUUCGGCAAUUUCGAAUGAUUACGAAAUAUAUCUUCUUGAGAGAGAACCGAAGCAAUUCUCUUGAUUUUGACAGUGAAACACAGGUGACCCGCUAAUCUACACAUUUGCCGCGGUUUCGUUCCCUUUUUUCCAUUUCAGAAAUCGCGCAUUUUGCGUUAUAACAAUAUAUACAUAAAACAAUUUUUUACAAAGGCAAUAUUUUCUUCUCCGAUGUAAUUUAAAUGUAUUGCGGUAUUUAAUGCUUUUCGAAAGUUUUUUUGUUAUUUUUAUUUAUUUUUUUUUUCCAAGUGUGUUAACAACGCCGUAUUUAUACAAUCAAUCAGUGAGAAAUUAAUAAACACGUCGAUAUACAAUUUCAAAUUAGAGACAGAUAGCAAAUUUUAUCCGUGUGUCACUUUAUUAAGAUUAUAAAAAAAUAUAUACGCGGAGAAAUUCAUAUAUUGAACAAUUUUGUAUACAAUACAGUGGAUUUAAUGGAUUGAUUAAACUGUAAACGCUUGAAUAAAACAGAGUUUAAAACAGAA